AUGAGUCCUCAAUAUGGCGAUUUCACCAUGACGGUGUUGGGAUGUGGCACCAUGGGAAUUGCAAUUCUCAACGGCAUCCUCACAUCCUUGGCCGAGAUAAAUGGUCCUCAAGCCACAUCAUCAAGCGCUUCCACCCCAGGAGAAGAACGACCACAGGCCCUCCCAUCACGAUUCAUUGCUUGCGUUCGCAGCGCCGAGAGUGCUAAGAGAGUCAAGGCUGCUUUGCGGGAGCACUCAACCAUGGUGAAGGUUGUUCAGAAUGAGAACCUUGCUGCCGUCCAGCAGGCACAGGUCGUCCUUCUGAGCUGCAAGCCAUACAUGGUGAACAAUGUUUUGGGCGAGCCCGGCAUGGCGGAUGCUUUAGAGGGCAAGCUUCUCAUCAGCGUUUGUGCUGGCAUCACCGCUGAGCAUAUGGAGAUGGCUCUGCACGGAUCAGUACCAACGACAAGCCCGGCGGACGACGGUCGAUGCAGAGUCGUUCGUGCCAUGUGCAAUACCGCCGCCCUUAUCCGGGAGUCCAUGACCGUCAUCGGAAUGUCCGAUCCGCCUCUGCCUCCUGACAUGAAGACCCUUGUCACAUGGAUCUUCAAACGCAUCGGUGAUGUAGUCUACCUCCCCUCCAAUAACAUGGAUGCAUCCACAGCUCUCUGCGGAUCAUCCCCCGCCAUGUUUGCUCUGAUGCUCGAGGCGGCCAUCGAUGGUGCCGUGGCCAUGGGUCUACCCCGUGCUGAGGCCCAAAGAAUGGCUACUCAAUCCAUGCGAGGCACCACUGGUUUGGUCCAGAGCGGUGAGCACCCGGCCCUUCUCAGGGAGAAGGUCUGCACCCCUGGUGGAUGCACAAUCGGUGGUCUUUUGGUGUUGGAGGAGGGGCGAGCCCGAGGAACGAUUUCCAGGGCCAUCCGUGAAGCUACGGUGGUUGCCAGCCAGCUUGGCAAAGGCGUCCAGGGAGUCAACGGAACCAGAUUCAACACCACUGGUUAA